GGCGUGAAUAGUCAACCCGUAAAGCCCCCCAUAUAAUUACCUUUCGGGACCCCUCCAUUUCUUCCCCAACGCUGCCGUUCUGUCGCUAAACCACUCCGGAUUUCGAUCAAACCGAUCUCCGAUCGAUCGUUUUUUGUCGGUUUGAUAAAAGAAAACUGGAGAGCUGAAUUCAUCAUGUCGAUGUCUGAUUCCGAUACGUCGUCGCAGGGCGGCGAGUACAAAAAUUUACGACAAAUUAGCCGGGAAAGAUUGUUAUAUGAAAUGCUUCGAUCUACAAAAACAGGAGAUUCUAAAUCAACCUGGAAGGUGCUUGUCAUGGACAAAGUGACUGUCAAAAUAAUGUCAUGCGCAUGCAAGAUGGCGGACAUUACGGAGGAAGGAGUUUCAUUGGUGGAGGACAUACACAGGCGACGGCAGCCUUUACCUACGAUGGAUGCUAUAUAUUUUAUUCAGCCAACCAAAGAAAAUGUUGUCAUCUUCUUGUCUGACAUGGCCGGAAGAUCGCCUUUGUAUAAAAAGGCAUUUGUAUUCUUUAGUUCACCUGUGCCCAGAGAGUUGGUUAACCAGAUAAAGAGGGAUACAAGUGUUUUAUCUCGCAUUGGUGCUCUGAGAGAGAUGAACUUGGAAUACUUCACCAUAGAUAGCCAGGGUUUCAUCACAGAUAACGAGAGGGCUUUGGAGGAACUUUUUGGUGACGAAGAAAGUUCACGCAAAGUUGAUGCAUGUUUGAACGCAAUGGGCACCAGCAUUGCUACCGUUUUUGCUUCUCUGCGGGAGUUUCCUUUUGUGCGCUACCGUGCAGCCAAAUCUCUUGAUCCUACUACAAUGACAACAUUCCGUGAUCUAAUUCCUACAAAGCUUGCUGCUGCCGUUUGGAAUUGUCUUAUGAAAUACAAAGCUAACCUCCCAAAUUACCCACAAACAGAAACAUGUGAAUUGCUUAUUCUUGAUAGAUCAGUGGACCAGAUUGCUCCUAUUAUACAUGAAUGGACAUAUGAUGCCAUGUGCCAUGAUCUAUUAAAUAUGGAGGGUAAUAAAUAUGUCCAUGAGGUUCCAAGCAAAACUGGUGUUCCUGAGAAAAAAGAGGUCCUAUUGGAGGAUCAUGAUCCUAUCUGGCUGGAGCUUCGUCAUUCGCACAUAGCAGAUGCUAAUGAACGGUUGCAUGAGAAGAUGACAAACUUUGUAACAAAGAACAAAGCUGCACAAAUGCAUCAAGGUUCAAGGUUUGUUUUUCUUUUUUAUUUAAGUGCUCAAUACAGUGAACAGAUUGAAAAGCUUUCCCUUCAUGUGGAUAUUGCUGGAAAAAUUAACAGAAUUAUAAGGGAAUUGGGGCUAAAAGAAGUUGGGAAAUUAGAGCAGGAUCUUGUUUUUGGAGACGCUGGAACCAAGGAUGUCAUUAAUUUCCUGAGAACAAACCAGGACGUUACACGUGAGAAUAAGUUGCGCUUGCUGAUGAUUUAUGCAGCUGUUCAUCCUGAGAAGUUUGAGGGAGACAAAGUUGCAAAACUAGUGGAGCUUGCUAGGUUGCCGCAAGAAGAUAUGAAUGCUGUGUAUAACAUGAGAUUGCUUGAGGGCGCAGCAGACAGCAAAAAAAGCUCUGUUGUGCCUUUCUCCUUGAAGUUUGAUGUACACAAGAAAAAACACGCUGCCAGAAAAGACCGUCCUGGUGAAGAAGUGGCAUGGCAACUAUCACGUUUCUACCCUAUGAUAGAGGUACUCAUUGAAAAAUUGAGCAAAGGUGAACUCGCAAAGAAUGACUACCCAUGUAUGAAUGACCCAAGUGCAACAUUCCACGGGAACUCUAAUUCUGCAUCAGUAAGAACAGGGGAAAUUCCAGCUGCACAUUCAGUGAGAUCAAGACGGACAGCAACAUGGGCCCGCCCUCGAAACUCUGAUGAUGGCUAUUCAAGGUAUUCUUAA